CAGCCGAAUUAGAAAAGCCCAACAAAAGAAAAUCAUAAUUAUUUGGAUCCGAAUUUGUACCCGCCAUCCGUUGUGAACCCGAAAUAAGACAUCACUAAAAUUGAUCGCUCAGUUAAAAGUAGAUUAUAAGCACUGUCUUGUCCGUUGCCGAGAAUUUGAAGAUCGUUGAUUGUUAUUCUCUUCUUCUUCCUCAUAUUGAAUUUUCUUCCGCAUUUAAUUCGCUGUUUGCUUAUCAACUUUCCCCUGGGUCUUUCAGAUCUUUACCCUUGGGUUUAAAUAGCCAUGAACUGGAUCCAACGCAAGAUCUAUCUCUAUAAUGUCACUUUUGGUCUCUUUAUGUUGGAUUGGUGGGAGCGCUACCUUUUCAAUACUUUGAUGGUUGUGUUGAUGUGGUUCAUCUUUUACAAUACUUCAAGAUAUGUCACUGAUAUCUACAAGAGGUAA